AUGUUCACGUUUAACGGGCACGAAACGGAGACGAUGGAGAACAGGCUGCCGCAGUAUUUUGAUCUAGACCAGACGGCCCAUCUUGACCAGCCGGUGGACACACAGCUGACAGGAACUUUGCCGGACUGGCUGUACGGGUCCCUGUACAGGUGUGGCAGCGGCAUCUACAAGAUGGGGGACACCCGCUGGAGCCACGCCUUCGACGGUCUGGCGGUCAUCCACAGGUGGAGCAUCCACCAGGGCAAGGUGACCUACCUGUCCUCCAUCUUGGACACGGAGCAGUACAAGAAGUGUGUCAAGUUCAACCGGCUGGUGGGGGACAACUUCGGCUCCAGCUUCCCAGACCCGUGUAAAAGUAUUUUUAGUCGAUUCUUCAGCUACUUCAUACCGCAGCCCCCAGCCAAGUACGACAACACGGCGGUCAAUAUUGUGGAGUUCGGGGAUCGAAUCUUUGCGCUGACGGAGUCAACCUUAAUCAACGAGGUGACUCUGGAUACACUCUCAAAGAAAGACCAAAUUGAACUUCGAAAAGUUGUAGCGGUUCACAUCGGUACAGCACAUCCUCAUACUGCAGCAGACGGCACCAUGUUUUAUUAUGGGACGAGCCUGGAGUACUCAAGGGCGUAUAACUUUAUCCGGAUACCCCCGGGGGGAGUGGGAAAAGAACUGUUCCACGGAGCUGAGAUCGUGGCCAGCGCGGCCAGCAGGUGGAAGAUGAACAUCAGUUACACACAUUCUUUUGGAAUGUCCGAGAACUAUUUCAUCCACCUCGAGCAGCCCAUGACCUUGAACAUCCCCAAACUGAUGACCUUGAAAAUGAGGGGGAACUGCCUGGCGGAUUCCAUUCACAGUUUCCCAGACGAGACG